AUGUCGAACUCUAGGUUUCUGCUUGACAAUUUUCGUCCAUGGAAUCCCACCCAAGACAAUCCACAGCAAUUGCCCGAACCUGCUGAAAUUUGCCGCUACCCGAGCCCUGUCUCGAUCACGGCCACUCUUCCUUCCUCUACGAUAUCUCGUGAUAUUGCCUCGAAGGUCUUGACGGGUAACCCCGGAAAAAUCCAGCGACAUCCCCUUCCUGCCCGCCCACCGGUGGAGGUGUGCUUGAAUGAUGAAUCCCAGUCAUGUUCACCUCCAACCCGUUGUGGAAUAGAAGUUACGCAGCGAAAUGUUCCUACCGAGGGGAAUCUUCAGGCUUCCGAACCUGAGUGCCCUGCCCAGACUCAAGAAACUCGAGACACCAUUAACAUCGAUCCUGAAAUCUUGCACGACAAUUCUUGUGCUGAUGCUGGACAUAUCGCCAAAACUGGAACCUACCAAAAUAUCGAAUCCACAGUCACAUAUUCCUCGUCAGAAUCACCCUUCACCAAUACAAAUCGACCUCCACGAUCAAACCAACAAGACUCAGAUCACACGGGGAUUUCCAAUCGACAAGUUCCUAAGGUGACGAAACGCUCGUAUACUCGGAAGAAGAGUACAGGCCGUGGUCCCGGUCGGCCUCCCAAAAAAAGAAACAGUGUUCUCGAAAAUGUUUCUUUUUCUUCGGUCCGUUCUCAAUUCUUGGCUAUGUCGGUCGAAGAUCGAUUACAAUUCCUGUCCUGGCUGUUCGAAGGUGCUUUGCCGCACUGUGUUUCAACCUCUACGAGCGCGAGUACCGCAGCUGCAUCAAACUGCGGUACAUCUCUUGGUGCAGAUACAGUGCAUGACUAUGCCCUCUGGGACUCAAACACCGAGCCCGCUGACGUGCAAAAGCCUCCAUCUCACCAUCUGAUGAUGUUAGCACCGUAUCACGGAAGACCGUCGCGUGAAGAAGGCAUAUCGGGGGAGAUCGAAUCUGAUGAUCAGCUCGAAUAUGAGAUCGAAAGGAUCCUUGAACAUAGGAAAGGGGCGCGGGGGUCUCUCUCAUAUCUUGUGAAAUGGAAAGGCUAUGAAGACGUGGAGGCCACUUGGGAACCGCAUGAUUCCGUGCAAGAUACGGCUGCAUUAGAUAACUACGAGCUACAAUUGGCUACCACUACCUAG